AUGCCUGACAAAGAAUCCAUUGCGGGAACUUCCUCUUCCUCCUCCUUCGAGACGACCCAGUCCGUGGCUGGCAAUAGUGCCCUUUCGAACCUUCGGCGCACGAGAAGCAUAGCAAGCCAACUGGCGACCGUUCGGCCUGAGCAUCUCGACGUCGCUCAACCUUCUUCACUCCCUUCGCUAUACAUCGACGGUCUCCGAUAUGUCCUAGAGGACUGGAUACACAAAAGCGAAGGAGAAGCCUUUCAUGGAUCCUUCGGUACGGCAAAUACGUCAUCAGGCUUAGCGACGACGGUACAGCAGGUGGCCGAUACUGGGGUUCAAAUCCACGACACUCCACGACACAUUUGUGAAUAUGGCGUGGAUAUGGAUGCUGACUAA